AUGUUGAUCCAGCGCGACUACCUGACCGCCGUACCAUCCGAAAUAUGGCUCAACUGCUGGAGCCUCUGCACCACGCCAGAACUCAUGCGCCUCUGCCUUACUUGCCGUGCUUUCGCAGUCAUUUGCCAACCCUUGCGUUUUCGGCGGAUGCAUCGACACCCUCCUACGGAUGAGGCGCUUAGGAAUAAUGGGAGCUCAUUGGAGAAGCUCGCGGAAGACGUGGAGCGUAGACUGUCGCUAUUCGAAGGGUUUGUGGCCAGCCCGUAUGUAUCGGCAGUUCGGUCGUGGCAUUUCAGCCGGGUGCGGAUAGCUAAAUCAGAGGACUUGCUCGACUCCGUCAAACUUACCUUUGCCUGGUUGAACUUCUUGGACGUUUUUCUGGGCUCGUUGGGCGCGUUCAGUCGGACGACCAAACUCACUUUACUCGCAUUCGACUUUGAUGAAAUCGUCUGGGACGCCUUGCAAGCUCUUGCGAGCCUUGAAGACCUGACAUUCUCGUCGUCUCACGUGGAGGAGAAUCCCGGACCUCCGUUGAAGCUCAAGCAUUUGCGUGUGGUGUUGGUUUGGCCGCGGAACGGAGGAGAAACCUGUGAAGCUGACCAAUUGCGGAUCGCUGCCCCAGAAACGCUGGUGGAAUUGGAGACGCCUUAUUCCCAUCAUGUCUACCCGCUUCUCCUGGCCUUCGUUGUCGACUCUACUCCCCUCCUCCAGCUCACCAGGCUGCAACUCGACCUCAUCUACAAUAUAUUGCCCAUUUUGUCGUCCUUCCUCGCCCUAUGCCCGAACCUCGCCUCGCUGGAACUCGUCUUCACUGGUGAAGCUCCCCAGAUCAUUCACUAUCCGGACACCUUUCCCAAGUCUACCAUUCCGAGUUUGCGCUCGCUCAUAGCCCCGCUCCCGUUGGUCAAUGCUAUUGUCCCUGAUCGUCCCAUCCGCGAUUUGGUCGUUGAUCCGUAUCCGGGAAUCGAAGGGUGGGACGAGGUUAGGCAGGUGCUGGACAACAUCAAGUCUGGCUCAAUCGAAAACCUCACGCUUCACCACCACAUUCCUCCGCAAGAGACAGAAAACGUGCUUACGGAGAUAGGUCAACGUUUUCCGGGGCUUCAGUCGUUGUCCAUUCACAUCGAGGAGCCGGAGUCAUAUAUGUUGGUCGUAGAUCUCACGGAGGAUGAGGAUGAAGAUUGUGUUUCUGCAGAGAAACAAAAGCAAGUUACCACCCGGGCCGAAGCGAAAUUGCCAGCCACAGAACUGCCAGGUCAUCGAUACGAUUCCCGCGGUCUAGAACAACCUCCGCCCACACUCACAUCUGCUUUGCUCGAUCUGCCGCUCCCGUCUGCUCAGACAGAACUUGCUCUGCGUCAUUUGCUGUCGCCCAGAUUGGAGCUACCGGUGGGGUUGAAGACGUUCAAAGUGUCUUUUGGUCAUGAAAUCGCGCUCUCCGAGUCGGUCCAGCAUCUUGUGCUCCUCCGGCUCGAGAGGGCGCUCCCAACAUUGCAGACGCUCACGCUUUGUCGUCAGAGCUGGGUCCGCGACCACCACUUGUGGACGACGCGGCCCGGGAUGAAGAGGGUCAAGAUUGUGUCCCGGGCAUGGCAGGAGGACGGUACUCGGUUGGAUGGAGACAUUUGA